AUGCCCUCCUGGCGUUUGAUUGAACUCUUUAAUGGAGUGGUUCUAGCCGCCUACGUGCUCCUCUACAAGGACCUUAUUCGUCUCUAUGCCGUCUACAACGAGGCAAUGAUUAACAUUAUCGAAAAGUUCUUUUCCAUGUCAAAGAAGGACUGUCAAGAGUCGUUGCGUAUCUACAAGGCCUUUCUCAAACGCAUGGAACAUGUAAAUCACUUCAUCAAAGUAGCUGAGGCAUGUGAUUUGCUCCAACUGCAAGACGGUUUUGGUAAACAGUCGUUGAUUUUUAAGCCGGUGCCAACCUCCGUACUAGACGCGUUGGAAGGUCAUUUAGCUCACUUGGAAGGCAAAAAAACUAACGAAAUAAGCAAAACUUCGCCCACCCUCUCAUCACCAUCAGCUACCACAGCAGUGACAGGCGAUCUGGUCUUCCUUCAUGAUGUAGUCAACCCCCAAAACCUCUCCGUUGAACAGCAGCGCAUUAUUGAGGAGGAACGACAGCGUCUGGAGGCCUUUGUGAGUCAAGCGCGUGCAAAGUGCCCCACCACUACACCCGAUCACGUAAGCAGCGGUGUGGAUCUUUUGCAACUCUCUCCGGACGCUACCAGUGGUGGUGGUGGUAGUGCUUCCAAGGCUGCAACUGCAUCCACUCUCUUUGACGACUUCUUUUUUGAGCCUGCCUUGCCCGCAUCCAGUAGUCAAAUGGCUCUUUCCACUGUCACUGCGACCCAACCACGUCCACUGUCUCAGUUUCUGUCUGAGCCCUCCUCGAUUUCUGCGGUCACUAACCCCAACAACCCCUUCCUACCCUCAUAUUCAUCCGUCUGGCCCGCGACUACCACCGCCACCACCACCAAUAGUGAUAGUGCGUUGGCUUUAAAACCACCCACCACCACUGUUGCAAGCGAUUUGGACAGUCGUUUGGCCGAAAUUGCUGGUCAGUUGUCCGUCUCCAAUACAAACACCACGACUGGGAGUAAUGGUGUCAACUGGACGGGUCUUGGCAAGCCGAAACAGCAGCAGUCAAGUGGUGGUGGGACAGCGGCAGGACCAAUGUCUGCUGCUACAAUGAAUCCUUGGGUGACACCAGGUGGUGUACUACAGCCCACUCCUGUGAACAAUCUCCCCACAAUUAAUCAGGUUAGUGCAACUUUUUUUUUGAUUCUCAUGGCAACGACAUUGGCAAGCGCGCAUGAUUGGCUUCGCCGUUUGGAAAUGCUGGGAGUGACUGACGACAGGCGGCAUCAUUUUGAAUCUCCUUUUCAGCCGUUCAAUUCAAUGUGCAGACCCACCCUUCAGGCAACUCAGCGUUCUCAACCCGAAUACGCGUUGACUCAGUACCCCGCGACAGUGAUGAGCGCCCAGGUUCCGGCGUUGUCGCCACAUUCUAUUGGCGGCUUCCCCAACCAACUGGCGUUGCAACCGCUGCACAUGCAACAACCACCGCUCCAACAAUCAUUGCAAUUUCCCAAUUCCGCUAUCCCUGCCACUACGGCCACUUUCAAUCCUCUCAAUCCUUUCCUGUGA